AUGGAAAUCAUCUCAUUAAAGUCAUUUGUCGUAUUGACUCUGGCCACUUCAAUCCUGUUAGCUUCGAGGUCCGUAUGUGCCGAUGAAUCUGUGAUAUCCAAUCUUUGCGACCGGGAACAUUACGAUGAAUAUUUAAAGGUCUGCAGUGACAUCCGCGGGUUGGCGGCUCCCGCUGGCACAGUGGUAGCCAGCCUGGCAUCCUUUGUCGCCUUUUUAAUCACAGCUCAUAGGACACCCCAAAGAGGAGAAACAAAGGGGUGUCAACUCUUAAGAGCUACAGCAAUGGGGUUCCAACACAUCCCCAAAGUACAAAACUCCAAAAUGUACAAGUUGCCUCAGUUGAUGCCCCUAAGAUACUGCAGUUUCUUUGAAGAAUUCAGAAGUGUUGAGCCUGUGGCCAACUUGCCCCUUAGGCUUGGAUGGAAUUUUGAUGGUGCGAUCUCAAGACGCAUCCCUAACUUGCCCCAGAGAUUUAGAAGAGCAGCUGUGAAGAGCAUCAUGGGAUCCAUGGUCUGUUUGCCACAAAGGCUGCUGAAGUCACCAUCUGCAGAACAUCCAAGUUAUCCCAUGGGCAGCCAGCCUCGGGAACUCCAGGCUGCUGAUGAAGGGAAAUCCAGCAAGUCGGAUGUGAAGACCUCCGAGUUCCUGGGCCUCGAGCCCCUCAACGUGUUCUGCAUCCGGUUGACUGGACCCCUGAAAUCUGGCCGCGAGCUGGCUCUCCAGGGCCUCGAGCUGAUGGCUGAGCUGCCUCCCCAGCCUGAAUUCCCUGCCUUGGCCCAGCUGUCACCAGCGGGCUCCCUGCCAAGAGCGGCCCGGCGGGAAGCCGGCCCCAUCCCUCCGCAGCAAGAUUUCCUCAUUUUGAUGGAAAGAUUUAAUUCUGCAAUCGCCGGCGCCCCGGAAAGAAUGUUUUUUUAA